UGAGAAUGAGCUAGCGGAGGGAGCGGGGAGGUGGGGGAGCACAUCUGGGCGGGGCUAGACUGUGUCCUAUCUAAGGUGGUAAAAGGCCAAUGAUUCUCCAGGCCGCCUCUCCUAGAAAAGUCAUCUUCUCGCGAGCAUUUAAAAUUCCUGCCUGCUGAGGCACCUCAAGGGACUCAGACUGCCUCAUCUGUCUUUUUCUUCCUUGCAAAAGUCCCGUUUGCUACCAUGGGGAUGUACCAAAUGAGACCAAGCAGGGGGACCAAGUGGUGAUCGGCACGCUGGUUACUGAAUGCUGCCCACUUCGGCGCUAGCAAACUUCUAGCAAGAUCGGAACUGAGUACUAAACAACCUCUGCACGUCCCCCUGGCGCCGUUCCAGGGCUGGCGCCACAUUCCCCGGUGGGCGCGCAAUGGCUGCGCCCCCUCCCGCUGCGGACGGGUCUUUUGGUACAGGCAGUCCGAGUCACUGUUCCAGGUCCUCAGGAUCUAGCCGUGACCUAAACAGACAGAAAUCUACCCUGGCGGAGCUGAUCUUCUAGUUAUGGCGGUCGCCAUGGAUCGGAUGAAGAAGAUCAAGCGGCAGCUGUCGAUGACACUCCGAGGGGGCCGAGGUGUGGACAAGACCAAUGGUGCCCCUGAACAGAUAGGCCUGGAUGAGAGUGGGGGUGGUGGCGGCAAUGACCUCGGAGAGGUACCCACUCGUGCCGCUCCUGGGGAACCUCGCUCUGGACGGGGCCCUCUCAGUUCUGCACCAGAAAUUGUACACGAGGACUUGAAGAUGGGGUCUGAUGGGGAAAGUGACCAGGCUUCAGCCACGUCCUCCGAUGAGGUGCAGUCGCCAGUGAGGGUGCGCAUGCGCAACCAUCCCCCACGCAAGAUCUCCACUGAGGACAUCAACAAGCGCCUAUCACUACCAGCCGACAUCCGGCUGCCUGAGGGCUACCUUGAGAAGCUGACCCUCAAUAGCCCCAUCUUCGACAAGCCCCUCAGCCGCCGCCUCCGCCGUGUCAGCCUGUCUGAGAUUGGCUUUGGGAAACUGGAGACCUACAUCAAGCUAGACAAGCUGGGAGAGGGUACCUAUGCCACCGUCUACAAAGGCAAAAGCAAGCUCACGGACAACCUUGUGGCACUCAAGGAGAUCAGACUGGAACACGAAGAAGGGGCACCCUGCACCGCCAUCCGGGAAGUGUCCCUGCUCAAGGACCUCAAACAUGCCAACAUCGUCACGCUACAUGACAUUAUCCACACGGAGAAGUCCCUCACCCUUGUCUUUGAGUACCUGGACAAGGACCUGAAGCAGUACCUGGAUGACUGUGGGAAUGUCAUCAACAUGCACAACGUGAAACUGUUCCUGUUCCAGCUGCUUCGUGGCCUGGCCUACUGCCACCGGCAGAAGGUGCUACACCGAGACCUCAAGCCCCAAAACCUGCUCAUCAACGAGAGAGGAGAGCUCAAGCUGGCCGACUUUGGCCUGGCCCGGGCCAAGUCAAUUCCAACGAAGACCUACUCCAAUGAGGUGGUGACACUGUGGUACCGGCCCCCCGACAUCCUGCUUGGGUCCACGGACUACUCUACCCAGAUUGACAUGUGGGGUGUGGGCUGCAUCUUCUAUGAGAUGGCCACAGGCCGGCCCCUCUUCCCAGGCUCCACGGUGGAGGAACAGCUGCAUUUCAUCUUCCGUAUCUUAGGAACCCCAACUGAGGAGACGUGGCCAGGCAUUCUGUCCAACGAAGAAUUUAAGACAUACAACUACCCCAAGUAUCGAGCCGAGGCCCUUUUGAGCCAUGCACCCCGAUCCUCUUGUCCUUGCGGUAGACUUGACAGCGACGGGGCUGACCUCCUCACUAAGCUGCUGCAGUUUGAAGGUCGCAAUCGGAUCUCCGCAGAGGAUGCCAUGAAACAUCCAUUCUUCCUCAGUCUGGGGGAGCGGAUCCACAAACUUCCUGACACUACUUCCAUAUUUGCACUAAAGGAGAUCCAGCUACAAAAGGAGGCCGGCCUUCGGUCUUCGUCAAUGCCUGACUCAGGCAGGCCAGCUUUCCGCGUGGUGGACACCGAGUUCUAAGCCAGAGACCGAGGCCCCAGCAGGCAGCAGCUGGAGGGAUGCCACUCCCCCUCACAGGGCAGCCCCCAACUGUAUCCUCCUUGCUUGCUGCCUGCCUACCUGCCUGACUCAUGCUCGCCUGCCCACAUGUCCCCUGCUGCCUGUCCAAACACCCGACCAUUGGCCUGUCAACCCACCCAUUGGCCUGUCUGCUGGGUGCUAACAAAGCUCUCAUCGCUCCUUC